AUGCCUUCGAAUCAGGACAAUGGGACAGCAAGCCGCCGCUCGUGCAGACAGAAGACCCUCUCCAAGAAAUUGGAGGAAGCACAAAAGAACGGCGCAUACAUACCGGGAUUUUCAUCUUCCCCAGUGCAAACUACGCCUCAUGUAGUCGGAUCCGCCCAUUUGACCACACCACAGUCAGCCGCUACGCCAUCCCCAACAACACCGCCCACAUCGACAGCGCAGUCAAUCGGACUAGGCUCAGCUCCAGCGCAUCCAUCAAUUACAGCACCGCACGGCUUCGAGUCCCCACCUACACCAUUUCUUGUCACGCGACCAGUCGGUACCGCCGCCACGCUUUCUUCACGCCAGAAGGCCACAUUCGAGAUGGGGCGAGGCGGUGUCCAUAGAGCGCGAUAUGCCGUAGGCAAGACAGGCGCGCGCAAGCCAGCGAAGAAACCCGUGACCAAGAAAACUGCGCCCACAGACGAUGCACUGGUCGAGCCACCGCCACCCGUGCUAGCCCCAGACAGCACCGUCAUUCCCGACCUGAGCGCGAAGGAGUUCUUCAUCUACCAGUGGCCUUAUCCGCCUCCUAGCGACUUCGCGAACUUGUCGGACGCAAAUCGCAGAUGGAAAGAGAAGACGGACAAGGAAGCAGAGGGCCUAGGAGAAGAGGGUGACGACGACUGGGCUGACUUUGCUGGCGAUCCAGACCUGUAUGCAAACGAGCCUAAAAGUUCGAGCUUGUCGCCGGAGGUCCAGCGCGCGCGCGCCAUUGCAAGCAAUUUCGUUGCCCGUUCAAAGCGGGCGUACCGAGAAGGUCUAUCGUGGGAUGAAUUUGAGGCUGAUGAGAGAUCAGCGGACAGUCUGGCAGCAGCGAAGCAAGAGAAGGACAUGGCCAAGCAAACUACCCUCUUCCGCGAAGGGUUGCGCAACGAUGUUAGAUUGGCAAUCUUUGACGCUAUCAAGAAAAGACUUCGCGCUGAGGUUUGGCUGGAAACCGAAGACGAUGAAGGCUCCAAGGCGAAGGGCAAGCAGAAGCAAGACUCGGCAGUGUCGACGCCAAUACGUCCUUCAACCCCGACGGCAAUUGCAGAUGCGAUCCAAAACGCUCCAGAGUUAGCUGGGCCAUCAGAAUGCACGACGUCUGCUUGGAGAACGAGUAAGGGAGGCCGUCAGGCGAUAUCAAUCUGGCAUGGAGAGGAGCAGGGCGGGGAGGGCGAACAGGAGUCGGAAGAUGAAGUCGACCUUGAUUCGUACAGCCGUGAGCUACCGUUUUGA